CGUGUGUUUAGCUUCCCGGAAGUGAUUUUCUACUCAAAUAGAUACACGUGCUUCCGGUGCAGAAUUUGAAGGACUGUAUAGCAUAAAAAAACGGAGUCGCGUACACAUAUCAUACAAUGGAUGCGGCUAAAGCACAGCAGUUGGCAGCAGAACUUGAAGUAGAAAUGAUGGCAGAUAUGUACAAUCGGAUGACGGGUGCCUGUCACAAAAAGUGUGUCCCUCCUCAUUACAAAGAACCAGAACUGUCUAAAGGAGAGAGUGUCUGCCUGGACCGAUGUGUGUCUAAAUACUUGGACAUCCAUGAGAGACUGGGCAAGAAACUAACUGAACUGUCUAUGCAGGAUGAGGAGCUAAUGAGAAACAUGCAGCAAGGGGGGGCGGGGCCUGCACAGUGACAUCCCAGAAAAGUGCAUUGACCUGCAUGCUAUAUAACUGACCUCAAAUCUUAAAUAAGUAUUGGGGAGGGAGAAAGAUAAGUGAUGGUCUGAUUGGGGGUGCACAGAAAGAAAUCUUGUGUAACAGAUGGGCUAACGGAUCACUGCUCUGCAAGUGACUGCUUCUUCUUGACACUCCCAUCUGUGUAUGAAGAUGUGGUCAUCAGAAUCACAUUUGCAUCUCCAAUAAUAUAUACUAUACAAUGCAUUUAGGUAUUGUUUUUUUUUUUUAUUACGCGCUUACACUUCGUAGCGCACAUUAAUUUAAAAUAAUAAUAAUAAAACAAAUAUAAAUCAGA